UACAGCUUAUAGAGAAAUAUAUGUGGGUCCAUAGCUAAAAUGUUGCUAGCAAUAUUGACCAGAAGAUUUAUCAGUAGAAGGGGAUUUGAUCAGAGUAACGGUAUAUGUCACAACCUUGGUCAGAUACAAUUAUCUACUCCUGUCAGCUCCAAGAAAAAAAAAAUGAAACUGACGCAAGAAGAAAGGGAUCUACUUUUGAAUCCUUUGUUAGAAAAUGGAUGGACUUUGAAAACAGAACGAGAUGCCAUUUAUAAAGAAUUUAUAUUUAAAAAUUUCAAUGAAGCUUUUGGAUUUAUGACACGGAUAGCUCUACAAUCGGAGAAAAUGAAUCAUCAUCCAGAAUGGUUUAAUGUUUAUAAUAAAGUAAACAUGACUUUAUCUACUCAUGAUGUUAAUGGAUUAUCGCAGAAAGAUGUCGAUUUAGCAACAUUUGUUGAGAAUGCUGCUAAGGGUUACAAUAAUUAAUUUAUUUUAAGAUUGAUGCCCUAAUAUAAUCGUUGGAUCAAGAAACAAACAUGAAUAUAUAUAUAUAUAUAGAAAUUUUAAUGAUAUUUUUAAAAGAUUAUCUCACAUAAA